AUGACAGAGACUGUCCACAUCGUCAGACCCUCAUCUCUUGCCAAUAUCAGGCACAAACUCGUCACAAUACUUUCAGCAUGGUGCACCAAUCACCCCUCGAGAAUGACAGCUGAAAACAUCGCCAAAGAGCUCACAGCUUAUAUACGCCUUCUCCCAAGAUUUAAACGCCUGAGCACGGAAGAGACAGGUGCUUGCUAUCGACACAAAAUUGACAUGAUUGUGAAUUCAAUGACAGAAGUAAGGAGAGUAAUUUGGAUUGAGAUGCAUCUACCAAGACCUAGCGUUGAAAUCGUCGAACUAAUGAGAAUACUCGCUCAGCAGAUUGGAAGACUAACUCUGUUCGGAUAUGAUUUCCGGGAUAGAUUUGCACAUGAUAUGGCUUUCGAGGUUGAAACCACCGAAAUAGAGUACAGCUCCGGCCUUUUGAGUGUUGGCACAGUCAGUGACAAGGAAAAGUUUGUACGUCACACUUGGGAUCAACUCUAUCAGCCAGUGACAUUCUGUGCCUGUCUUCAAUGUAGCAAGCGCUACGUGUCUCAACCAUACAUUACUGAUCCAUCUUCUAUGUGGGAUUCUCAGCUUUGA